AAUCUUUCCCCCGCAUUCCUUGACUCUUUACAACAUUCCUCCAAGAACGGGGAGUCAUCGGGUCCACCUGCUUCGCCCACGCGAUCGGCCAGCAUGUCUGCAACAGCCAGCACGGAUCAGAGCCUCGGUGCAGGUUGCCUCUCGCCCGAACAGCUGCUGCAAUAUCAACGCGAUGGCUACCUUCGCAUUCCCUCCUUUUUCGCUUCCCAAGCUCCCGACAUUCUCCUUCGCGCAAAGCACAUCAUCAACGCUUUCGAUCCCGCUGGACAUCCCAUGACCAAAUUCUCCACUGGCGGCGGCGGCGGCGGCGUCGGCGGCGAUGGAUCGUCUGCUGCUGCUGCUGCGGAGGAGGAGGAAGCGAAACACACGGGGGAUGAUUACUUUUUGAACAGCAACGAUAAGGUCAGAUGGUUUUUGGAAGAGGACGCGGUGGGAGAGGAUGGCAAGCUGAACAGGCCACCUGAGCGGAGCGUCAACAAGGCUGGUCAUGCUCUCCACACGCUAGACCCCACCUUUCAUGCUUUUUCAUUCUCUGAGCGCGUGCAGAAUUUGGUCAGGAGCGUGGGGGCACACAUCGAUCCGCGCGUCUUGCAAUCCAUGAUUAUUUGCAAGCAGCCUUCCAUUGGCGGGGCAGUGCCGCCGCACAACGAUAGCACCUUCCUCUACACCUCUCCUCCCACUGCCAUGGGUCUGUGGUUCGCUCUGGAACCUUGCAAAGCGUCCAACGGUGCGCUCAGCUUCCUACCCGGCUCUCAUCGUUGGCCCGUCGAUCAAGAAGCGGCAGCGGCAGCGGCAGCGGGCGCGCGGGCGGUGGGCAAGGAUCGAAGACCGCCUUUGGAUGGUCAGGAGGCGCGAUUCGGAGUGCAGAGAGGUGUGAACAGACGAUUCGUUCGCAGAGAUGCAGCAGCAGCAGCAGCAGCAUUGGAUGGGUCAGCAUCGGCAUCGGCAUCGGGCACGGAAUUUCUAGCCUUCAAAGACGACGACGACGACGACGACGACGACGACGACGACGAAAAGGCGGCGGCAGUGGCGGCAGUGGCGGAAGAGGCGAUGUGGUCGGAUGAUGAAGCGAAGCUGGUAGAGUGCGAACCGGGAGAUGUGGUGCUGAUCCACGGCAGCGUCCUUCACAAAUCCACGCGCAACACGAGCGAAAAGAGCAGAUUCAUCUACACGUUUCACAUCAUCGAAGGAGAUCAGAGCAGAGCAAUCUACGAUCGCAAAAAUUGGCUCUGGCCUCCUUCUGCUGCUGCUGAUGAUGAUGAUGCUGCCGAUGCUGCUGCUGCUGAUUCCCAAAAAGGUUUUGCCAAACUCUUUCAACCUCCCCCCGCACCGCGCGAAGCUGACUUGUUCUUGAGCAAGUAAGCCGGUCGCUCUCUCAUCGCGGGAACCAGCCCGCGCCCUUUGCCCUGCGCCCAUCUUCCCAUGCUCUAAACAUGUACAACACAGCAAAAGCGAACCAAUUCAUGCAGCGUG